UUCCGCCCCACCAGGAAGACGCAGAGAGCAAGAACUAACCAUAGGAACAGGGGUGAGGAGGCCAAGAGAGAAGGAUUUUUUUUCCUUUCCGAAAACAGCUAACUGCGUCUGUUUGCCACAAUGGACAGUCGAAAGGUGGGAGAUUUACUGGACGAGUGCCUCGGGGCAGCAGAAGCAGCAGGUCGGCAGUCCACCGGGGUUUCUGAGGCAGGGCCCACCACACAAGAGCGGCUGAAUUACUGCAGCUGCAGAGACUCGCUGUGUGCCGAACUGGCCUCUCUCCUGCAGGAAGCCAUGGACAUGAAAUGGCCUUUUGCACCGGAGAAGUGGCAGUAUAAGCAGUCUGUCAGCGCUGCUGACAAAACCAACCUCAAUGACCUCAUCAGCAAACACUUGUCUCAACUACUGGAUCUCCUGAAGGCCUGCAUCAGAGCUGAGGAGGCACACUGUGCACUGGCAGUUGUCUUCUUAGUGGACCGUUACCUCUACUGGACUGAUGAUUCAAGCCGUCUGCUGAAGAUUGCCAAGCUUCUCCACAGACGCUACCCCGAGACCCCCAUAGCCCCCCAGCUGGUCAUACGGCAGGCCAGGGUCUAUUUUAACUCGGGAAAACUGCAGAAGGCAGAGUACAUCCUGAGCAGCCUGAUUAACAACAGCGGGACGACAGGUCAUUGGAUAUACCACUCUGAAAGUGACCGGGUGCUCGUGCAGGCUGUGAGUGUUCAAGUGCGUGGCACGAUUUUGCAAAAGCUGGGCCUGUGGUUAGAGGCUGCAGAGCUAAUAUGGGCUUCCUUGGUUGGGUACUACUCGCUUCCUCAACCUGACAAAAAGGGUAUUGGAACUUCCCUUUGUAUACUGGCCAGUAUAUUGGUAUCUAUGAAUAAUGAGGACUUCCAUGCCUUUAAGACUAAUCCAGAUAUUGAUUUUACGUUACUUGGGGAUGGAAAUCAUCGUCUUCUCUCAGCAGCCCAAGCUGCUAAGAUGGCAGUGGUAUACACUCAGUAUACUUCACUGUAUGUUUUGACUAAUGUGACAACCCAAGGUACCUGCUUGCUAUCAUACAGUUUCUCUGUGGAGUGCCCAGAUUCUCAAAGACAGUCAUUUCUCCAGCAGGCACAAGAAGCAUUUACAAUUGGCCUUCUCACCAGAGCAGAGGGUGAUCUGGUAACCAGCAAGCAGGAGCUUCAUACCUUUCUAAAAGCUGCCUAUUCCCUCACUGUCACUCACAAGUGGCUUGGAACUCCUUUGGAGGUUGUAGCACAGGCAGUUCAAGCUUGUCAAAAUGCUUUAUCUAGUUUUUACAGUUACUGCCAUGCUGGUACCCAAGACAAAGACAGCCUGUGCACUGAGAUCAUGCACCUGGUCACCCAAGUCAAGCUGCUUCUCCGAGUGGAGCCUUUCCUUAAUUCAGACAAGGGGUCUUUUGUCCCUGACAGCUACAGAAAUGUCAAAGACACCUCUGUAAAUUUUACUCAUGCAGGUUUCGCUAAGAUAAUGAGGCGGUUCCAAAAGUAUCACGAGUCACUGUGUGAGACCACUAACACACACUGUAGGGAUGCUAAAGAUGAGAUAGAGAUGGACAGAGGAAGGCUGUGUAUAACAGCGCUUUGGACAACCACUGGCACACUCAACACAGAGGCUCAGGGAGGCUCACAUUCAUCCAGCGUGCAUAUGCCUCAAAAGCCUGAAAGCACAGAUAUCCUUGGCUCCUCGUGGCAGGAAGUGUCCAUAACAAGUUCAGGCUCUUCUCAGCCCAGCAGAAGCUAUACAGGAAGCAGUGCUAUUGGACAUAGAGAGGGAGCGACCAAUCAGAGCUGUCUACCCACAGAAGAUGAUGAAGAAAGGUCAGACGACAAGUCACAGUCUCCCCAUGAAAACAAGAAGCGAAACUUACAGGGUUGUAACUCUGGUGUCAGUUCUGCACUACCUGCCACUUCCUCCUCCAGCAUGAGCAGAGAUUCAGAAAACUUUCAGAUGAUAAAAGCUGAAAUAGAAACGCUGACCUCUGAAGAGGAUGUGAUGUCUGAUGCUGCUGAGGCAAUAGCUGAAGGAGUAGUGCAGUCCUUAUCCCAGCUAUCUAUAACAUCCUCUUGCUCCCUUGGGGACAGUUUCGGUUCCCAGUCAUCAUGGGAAAAACUUUCAGCUGAUCUGAAUUCUCCCACAUACAGGAAACCACAACCAAGUAGUAUUUCCAAAGCAGGAGCUUGCCAAAACAGCGAUUCACCAGAUUCAGAUGGGAGCUUCUUCAUUUGUGAAACGGUCGAUUUUGAAACAGAUGAUUCCCCUUCUGAUCACAUGAGCAAAAACCAGAAAAUACGUGCUUUAUUAAAACCACAACCGAUCAAAAGCCCCAAAGUUUACCAAAAUGCAGAAACUGAAGUACAACCUGCAACAAACAGCACUUUAGCAAUGCAAAAUAAUCAAUCUCAAGCUGUCACAGAACUGUUACCUGUCACUGAAACCUCUACAAAGAGUUCAUUUGGAGUCCUGGAGGUAAACCAAAGUUGUUGUCAACAAACUGAGGUGCAGAAUGUGCCCCAGAAGAAGAACUCCAUGUGCUACAGCUGCCUAGACCCAAGCACUGUAGCUGAUGCUGUCCCUAUGAAACCCUUCUUGUUGUCACAAUGGGAUUACCGAGCCCUUCUGGCUGGCAUUUGCAAUGAUUGUCUGUUGAAGAGGUUGCACAAUGAUGAGAAAAAAUUCAAGUUGGAGCAGUACAAAACUGCCCACAGUGCUCUCCAUUUAAAGUUCUCCAAGGCCACCGGACUGUGGACAGCCAUGGAAACUUGUGUUUACAUUGGUGACUCAAUGGGGGAGAAGGGCGCGCAGAGAACAACAAUAUGGGUGCAGUUUUUACACCAGGAGGAGCGGCUAAGCAAUUAUGUGGGGAAAGAUUACUUGAAGCCAAAGCUGAUCCAGUUUCCUCUGAAAGAUGUGGAGCGACAGAUGACAGCCCAGUACUAUGUGACUGAAUUCAACAAAAGUCUCUACGACAAAGAAGUUAUGGCUCAGAUCUUCUUUAUUCCGUCAGAAGCCCUGUUGAUUCUGGAUGGAGAUGAGAUUGUGGGCUGUGUAACCGUGGAGCCCUACAUGCUUGGAGACUUUGUCAAACUGACCAACAACACUGAAAAGAAGGAGAAGAUGUUCCAUGCUACAGAUUAUGGCCUCGCAUUUGGACACUUCACCUACCUGUUCUCUGGUGGCCAGGAAGUCGUUGUAGAUUUACAAGGAUGGGUGACAGCCAACGGCAAAGGACUGACCUACCUCACAGACCCACAGAUUCACUCCACCAGGAUCCCUAAGGGUCCUUCUAACUUUGCUGCCAGAGGGCUCAGUUUGUUCCUGAAAUAUCAGCAUGGACCUGAGUGCAAUCAGAUUUGCCACCUGCUCAAACUACCUCCACUGGACCCAAACUCAAACGUUUCUCCUCAAAAACUUUGAGACGUUGGACACUAUUUAUUGCUAUCCACAAAAAAUUGAAAAUUUUUGUUUUGGCAAGUUUUUGGAACUGACUGCUUUUCUUUUUUUUAAAUGUACCGAUAAAUGCACUGUGCACCCUUUUCUUGGAAGCAAGAAGUGUAACAGAUUUACAAAGCGCUUUUGGGUGCUACAUUUAGUUACAAGAGAUCAUUCUUUUAUAAGAGAAGGAUCUGAAGAGACAAAUGCUACAAAAUUAUUUAUGUGGUUUCAUUAUUGUCAGCAGAUUAUCAAACAGUUAACAUCUUAGGCUCUUUUCAUCAGGUGGUCAAAGAUCUCACACCUGACAGAAAUUUUUCUUAUUGUACCUUUUUUUUUUUAAUUGGAAGUCACAAAAACCAUGUGACUGCAGUCACAAGGAAACAUGAUUUGAUAAGAGAAAAAAUAUUUUUUAAAAGAUGUUAUCCAUCACUGUCUCCUCUCUAUGAGUGGAUUGCUGCCUAACUGGAAAGGGAGUGAAUCACCUGAUGCUGUUUGAAGUCGUUUUGAAUGCUAUUAUGGAAGAUUUUAAGUAGUCUGUCCUUUUACUGGGAUAUAAAAACAUGUUGUGUUUGGGGUCUGGGGCCUUUAUUUGUGGUGCUGUCCCCCAAUCCACUCCUCUUAGACUGAAAAAUGAUCCAAUACCCCAGGGCUGUAAAAUCCCUCUAUUGCUGUGCUUGCUUGGUAAUGUUGCACAACUUGACAAAAUGUCUCAUAAUGCACAUCCGCAUAACCACACAAUGCGUUCAUGCACAUGUGACUCGAACACAAUUCUAAUGACAUGUAAAAUAUGCAAAUAUGUGCAACUGUUGUAUUGUCUUCUUUUCUUGUUUGUAU